ACACGGCGAGGGAGGGAGGGAGAGAGCGAGUGCCAAGGUCAGGGAGGGAGCUGCUAGCCCAGUGAGGGAGUCCAAGGAGGGAGCAACCAGUUCAGUGCGGGAGCGCCGAACGGAUAGAGAGCAGAGCACGGGGAGGGAGCUACUAUUCCAGUGAGGGAGCGCACCUGAAGUCCAAGGAGGGAGUCCCGAGACCGUGGAAGGAGCAACCAGUUCAGCGCGGGAGCGCCGUGCGGAGAGAGCGCUGAGCGUCAAGCACAGGGAGGGAGCGUCAAGCACAGGGAGGGAGCGUCAAGCACGGGGAGGGAGCGACGAGACCCGAAGGGAGCGCACCUGGACCCCAGUGAGGUAGCGCCCGGGGCCAGCCGACAGUUCCUGCCCAGCCUCUGCUGCAACCCGAUCCUCGGCCAUGGGCGAUGUGAUCUCCACUCACCUGGACGAAAACAAACGGCUCUUCAUCUCAGAAAGGACUGGGAAGAUUUUGGAUGAGUUUUUUCAGUUCUAUGAAGAGCAGUACCCAUUGGCUCUCUUCAAUAAGAUUCGAUAUGAGGUUGAAGAUAAUGGUGGACCGCAGCCUCAGCUUCUUCAAAGAAAGACACCAUUGAAGGAUAAAAUUAUAUUUUCUGGCAACCUCUACCAGUAUUUGGAAGUAAACAGGAGGUGGAAGAAUAGAUAUUUUGUUAUACGUGAUGACUACAGCGUGGCGUACUAUGACGGAAAAGUGAACUUCGACAGAGGAGCCAGUCCAAAGGGACUUAUUAAUUCUGCAGGCUACAAGGUGCUGAACACAAUGGAUCAGUAUCUGGAACUGAUUAACAGCAGCAUGUCAGGAAUUAAAGGAAAGGCGAGCAGUUCUCCAUUUGUGAAAUUGCCAACAGAGUACUGCACCAUUUUAUGGCAUCCAUAUGGACAUCAUCACUACUUCUGUGUUAUAUCAGAGAAAGAGCAGCAGAAGUGGCAUGCUGUUUUUCAGGACUGUGUGCGCCAUCUAAACAAUGGAUUACCUGAAGAUUGUAAAGUGGAGACUCCGGCAUUCUCUGAUGCUGUCCGUCUGUACCGUCAGUCAAAGGAUCAGUAUGGCACCUGGGAAAUGUUGUGCGGCAAUCAAAUACAGAUUACAACUAAUUUAGUGAUGGAGGAGCUUCUUCCAGAGCUGGCAGCGAUGAUCUAUCCUAAAUUAAAGGGCAAAUUACAUGACCGUCAAAAGGACUGGAUCUUGAUUACAGAGGCUGUGCAGAAGAUGGUGCAAGUGCAGACAAAAGUCCGAUAUGAAGCUGUUUUACAAAAGUGUGAAGCCGCCCGUUCUGGAUUGGAAGGCAGGAUUCGUCCAGACCUUGAUCAAAUUAUUAGCUCAAAAGAACACGUGGCAAACAAGCUAAGAGUGUUUGUAAUGCCCAAAGCUGAAGCUUGUGUUCGGAACAAAGUGCAACCUUGCAUCUCUUCCAUUCUUGAUGCUUUGAUGGGUCCAACGAGCGGAGGAUUUUCUGAAGUCAGAGACUUGUUUUUCAAGGAGAUUGUGGAAAUUAAUAAAAAUAUUCUGAAUGAAGAAGGAAAGCAAAAGCUUGGGGAGUACAUGGAGAAGCUGAGCCUGCUGCCUUAUCACCCAGUAAAGAUGCAGAGCUGUUAUGAGCAGCUUGAACAGCUACAGCCACAACUCGAGGAACUUCAGCAACGAUUUGAAUUUUCCAGCCCAGCAGUCUUUGUCCAACGUGGGCAGAUUCUAUUGAGAGAGAUUUUGGAUAACACGGUGUAUACAUUUGAGCAACUUCUACACCAAAGUCUUGGUAACUCCUCUGAGAAGGGUCAAAUAUGCCAGACAAUCCAACGCAUUCAAGAGAGAGUGUUGAAGAAAUAUGACUACGACAGCAGUACUGUCAGAAAAAAGUUUUUCCGAGAAGCAUUGCUCCAGAUCACAAUUCCAUACCUGCUGAAGAACCUCUCUGCAUCUGUUAACACGACCCUACCUAAAUUUCAAGAAUUCAUCUUUGAAGAUUUUUCCAAAUUUAUUCUUGUUGAUAAUAUUUUUGAAGAGGUGGUGCUCCAAUCUGUCUGCAAAGACAUAAUGCUGGCUGUGAAGGAAGCAGCCGUGCAAAGAAAACACAACCUCUUCAGAGACAGCAUUGUCAUGUACGGCAGCGACCCCAACCUGCUCCUUCUCGGAGAAGCCCAAAAUAUCAACUGGAACAAUGAGAUGGCCAAUGAAGAAAGCAGUGACCCAGCAAGUGGGUCUGAGAAACGGAGAAGGAUGAAGCAAGUCGUGUCCAUGAUUCAGGAUGACGGCAUUUCGCGUCCUUAUGAAGUUGACAUGGCCACUAAUAUCAAACAAAUAGCAGAGGUAGAGGAGGUUGGAAGCAGUGGCUCUUCAGAACCUUUAGUCAAGUCACCUGAUAGUGUGAAAGAGAUUCGCGACCUGUUAACAAUAGGAAAAAUUGAAACAACCGUACCAAAUACAGCAGAGGAUACAUCCAUGACCAAUGGAAUGGUUUGCAAGGAUGAAAUAGUGCCCGAGUCGAAUCCUUCUGAAGAAACGGAGAAUGAGCUGCCCCAGAAUUGCCAAGAAUCGGUGCAGUCCUCCCAUGAGUGUGACCUCAGUCCUUCUGCUGCCGAGCACAUAGAAAAUAGACCCAGCUCAUCAGUAAUUGCUUUCAAUGAAGUAAGUGAUGAAUCAAGCCAAGAGAAAGCUAAUGUCUACCAACAAAAGGAUUCUAGUGACAAAGAAACAGGAGAGGAAGUUUCAUCAAUACCUUAAUUACUGAAAUAUUUGAAUUUGGCUGCUGUUGGUACUGUGAUGAAUAAUCAAACAAUUUUGUGGCUUAUUAGCCUAGAAUGCAUUUUUUUUCUGGUACAUCAGUUAGAACAGAAUACACUGAAACUCAGUAGGAAAGUGAUCAUUCUUUGACAGUAAGUUCAGGAAUUCAGGAAUCACCUAUUGUUUCUGUUUGUAUCUAUGUGGAAUUUCCUCACAGCAUUGACAAUCAUGUACCAUCUGUUUGAAAGUUCUGCAACACUUAUUAUCUCUAUGUCCUCCUUAUCUUCCCAUUAUUAUGUUAUUUUAUCUUCUGGCACUUCAAAUAUUUACAAAAGAUUUAGCUUUGAUUUUUUUUUUUAUCUCAAUUUUUUUUAAAUUAGUAAUAUUUUAUUUUCAUAGUCAGCAAUGAAAGUGUACACAUACGUCUCAGUCAACAAUGUAAAAUCACAAUUCAUUUCACCAUGAUAUUCAAAGAUGGAUUCUCUUGACAGAUGUCCAAACUGAGAAAGAUGCUUCAUAUUGAGGUCAAAUGGCUAAUUGUUACUUAAUGACAAGGUAUUACACUUCUCUACAACGAAUGAAACACAAAAUAAUAAUUUUAAAGUGCUUAUGGUUGUCAACUUUAUUGAGAAUGUUACAUUUUCUAAAUUAUGACACAUACUUAUCAAAACCAGAAAACUUGACAAAAAUAUAAUAACUGCUAGCUAUUCCAAAGUACUUGAAACCGAAACACACAUUUGAAACAAUUAGUACGUACGUGCAAUUAAUAAUAUUACACUGUCCGUUUCAUAUCGUAAGAUCCUUCAAUAGUUGUUCAGCAAUAACCAACAAUCAUCAGAUUUAUCUUACAAGAUUGACCAGCUGGUUUGGAAGCCUUUUAAGUUCUAUCUUACUCUGACAAUUAAUUAAAUAAUGCAAGACAAAUAAAUGUUUAAAGAAAUUGCAAAUCAUCAUUGAAAACCGCAGGAAAUAUUGCACAAAUCUCUGGUUACAUCUUUCUGAAGUAAUCCUGGAAGUUUAUUCCAAAGUUUAGAAACACAUUUAAAUUGUGCUAUCUACACGAUUAUUCAUUUUUCAUGAUAUAUGACUGGGGUAGAUGUUCGCUUUCACUUAUUGCUGCGUAGUUGAAUAUAACCAAUACACCAUCUGCUCUUUCAUGCAUGCAAAUCUAGCCAGUGAAUUUAGUCAAUUAGUUUAUAUGUUGAUAUUGAGCAGAGCUAAGAAUUAUUGCUGGCUAGGGGCCUAAAGUAUUGAACCUAUUGCAUUCUACCAAUUGUGUGCCUUAAUUUUUAGGCCAAAUGUUACAUGACCUACAUGCUGCCAGGCUUAUUGGAAAAUUACUUUUAUUUAAGAGAAUUUUAUUUCAUAUUAUUUAGCUUGAAUGCUUAUUUAACUAUUAAAUAUUGGUGGCCUGCUUGUAGUUAAUGGUUCUUGGCAUGGCCUUUUGUAUGAAAUUAAGUGGGAUCUCUAUUAUAUCAUAGUUUUAUGUUCAACAGAUUUUACUGACUGAAUAAGGAAAAUGAAUUGACAUAAUGAAAAUGUAUGAUCUGAUGUUUAAACAAUCCCACUAGAGGCAGUUUCUUACUUAACACUCAUUUAGUUCUUACUAUUGAAGGGGUUUCAACUUGAGGGGUUUAAAAACAUUACCGAUAAUCAUGAUGCUCAGAAUAUUUUGUCGCUUUUAACGAAGUAUACAUUUAAUAAAGUUUUUAUUGGGACCAA